UCAUUCGUCAGUUAACCGUCGUGCAGCUCGAAACGCGACGCGAUCUGUUGGAUAUAUGCAAUCCAACGGUGAUAUAUAAACACGAUUCUUCUUCGCCGAAGAACGAACGUUUUGUGUGUGUUUGUGCAGGUGUUAGUGCGCGGUGUGCGUGUUACCAUUUGCAUUUUGGCUUUUUAGCUUUUAACUCGCUUUUUUCGUUCCAUUUCGCCGCGUUGCAUUUGCUCGGCGAUUGCAUUUCUCGGUUUCUUCGCUUUUGGAUCGGCUUUCGUUAUUUUUGGUUGAGGCCUUAAAAUAGCCUUUGCCGUAAUUACUGGGCUGGCCGCAAGAAAACGUGUUUGUGUCUAAACUACAGUUACAACCAGAGCAGCCGUCGCAGCUGCAUUUCACUCGAAUGUGCUUGCCGAAAAGUAGAAAAUAUAAUAAAUAAGAAAGAAAGAAGAGAGUGCUCGCUAUAUAGAAGGAAAAACGUCACUCGGUGUAUACGUUCUUCUUCUAUUUGUUCGCCUGUUAACAUUGUGCUCAUAAUUUAUUGUACCCAGCGAUAUGCAAAUAGAAAGCAACAAAUUUGUACAGCAAGUGGAAUAUUUCAACGUUUAAUUUGGGCCCCGAAGAAACCCAAAAAGUGUGCAGCGUUUAAUGGCCAAUGGAUAAAGUGAGUUGCCCAACGAACGGAAUCGGAACUCACUCCGUGGCAAUUUGCCUUAAAAGAUAAAAGAAAAAACCAGGCAACAGCAACAGUAAGAGAAAAACCAUUGAAAAACGGCCAAGACACCGAGAUUGAACAGGGUCGCUGGUUGCCAUGGCAGCGUCAUCAGGGAUCUUUGACAUAGAAUCGCCAUCAGUGAUUACGAGAGAAGAUUCACCAUCGGGCAUAUUACAAUCCAUUGCAGUUUCCUUCAAGUCAUCUAGAACGGAAGCAGCAGGCGGUUUUCAGCUGAUGAGCAACAAAGGACAGAGUGCAUCGGAGCCAUUAAUUUAAAUUGGGUAUUAUGAGCGCACUAGCAACACGAACAAAAAGCUCAUGUACGACAAGUCAAAGAAAUCGUGGAGUCAGCGGCUCAAGACGCUCGGCAGCGGUGACAGCGUGGACAAGAACGCUUCUCUAGCCGCCGUCAGCGGCAUGCAGGCCAUGCAGCAGUUGCAGCUGCACAUGCAGCAGCAACACCAGCAACUGCAGCAGCACCAGCAGCAGCUCCAACAGCAGCAGCAACAACAACAGCAGCAGCAACACAUGGCCCACCAUGGCCAUCCCCAGAUGUUGACCGCCUACCAACUGCCGCCGGUUCCCGCCGCCGAGUUCCUGCCCAGCGCCCUCUCACGUUCGAUGAAGUACGCGGAGCCGUGGAUCUACGGAACUGUUCGUGGUAUCCCGGCCCGCCCAUCCUACGGAUAUCAUCCACAUGCUGCUGCCAUUUUCGCAGCAACGGAGGGAGUGCCGGGAACCACAGCUCUGGCCGUGGUGAUCUGCUCCUGUGCCGAGUAUCUGAAUGGCACGAAACGUGACGUGAAGAAGGCGAGUGUGUGCAAGAAGUGCAAGGGUUCGCGACUGCCACUGGCCACCAUUGGUGGCACGGGUGGCACAGUGCGUCUGCCGGCUGUCAGCGGUUCGAGCAGCUCGCGUCGCCCCAUGGCGGCCACCAUGCGUGUGGUGAGUGCGACGAAAAAAUCACGUCCCUCCAUUCUGGAUCCGCAGAAGGAUCCCUACGACCUGAUGCGACGCACGCGACUCCUGUCCCCGGAGCCAAGCUCCAAGGAAGCGGACAGCAAGUCACGUAGUCGCAGUGAAACGGUGGCAAAUCAGCCGAGGGGUCGCACUCGCACCAGGGCACCUCCCCCACCGGCCCCCAUACAGAAAUCUCCAGCAGUGGCAGUGCCAACAGCAGUUCCCGAUCCCACGGACUGCUGGCUCAUGGAGGAUAAUGAAUCCCUGCUGCAGAGCAGCGGCCUAGCCUCGAGGGCUAACAGCCGGCGAUCCAUACUCCGCUGCCAUGUCAAUCCCUAUGAUCUGAUCUCAAGCGAAAACGGCAAGCUCCAUAGUAACCUAAGGAAGCCCAACGACCACUUUGAUGUGGCCGAUGCCCAGCUGAACGACGACGAGCUGGGCGAGCGAAAGAGCAAGGGCACCAGCAAGUUCUACAGCGGCAAUGUGGCGGCCAUAGCUGGCCAGCGUAUUAGCCUGGGCGAUAAGUCCGGCGACAGCUCCGAUCCAGGUGACAGCUAUGAGCGAAUUAUUAUGGUUUCUGGAGGAGAGUCGACGGCGUCUAAUGGACCACGACGACCGCCACGCAAUAAAAAAGCGGAUGAGCCAGCGGAAAUGCCCGCAGCAGCAGGCGCAGCAGGCGCAGCAGGCGCAGCAGCAACAUCACCUCCUGCAGCUGCAGUAACUGCAGCAACAGCAGUCAAGCCCAAGGCUGUGACUCUAGCCAAAGUGGAGAAAAUAGAGAAGGACAAUGAGUCAGCUUACACAGUGCUCACUGUAACGCCCACUUCGCCAGCCAUCAAGUCCAUAUUGAAGCGCCCCACGACUCUCGAAUUGCCUGGAGUGGGAAUGUCUCCUUUACCACUUCCUCCGGUUAACAAUUCUGGAUUGGUAACGCCCGCGGGCAAGUCACAGUUCUAUAUACCGACGCCAACGGGGACAGCUGCCACGCCCACGUCCUCCAGCACGCCCAUGGCCACAUCAACACCUACACCCAAUGCCUCCAUCACAGCGACAACAGCGGCAGCCGGAGCAGCAAUCACGCCGGGUUCACGCAAAAAAGUGCAAUUUAUGGUCGAGGAUAAAAUCAUAGCCACGACUGCGACAGCAGCGACAACUGAUGACAGCGAUGCCAGUGCUGUAGCAACGAAAACAAACUACGAAUACUACAAUCGCAAGCGAAAUGCUGCAACAGCAACAGCAGCAGCAGCCACAGCAGCAUCAGCAGCAGCAGCAUCACCGCCGACAGCAGCAACAUCAACGGAUCAGCAGGAGGCAACGCUGUUUGCGGCUGACAUUGAUGAUGAGCAUAACUUUACAACUUCCGGCGAGGCAGCUCCGCCGUUCAUAAAACCGGAUAGUUUGCAUUAUGAAGAUGUUCUGCCAGGACCCCAAAUAUUUGACAGCAGCGAGUCCUCUGCCAAAUUAUCACUGCCAGCGGAUGGGUCGCCGCAUGUCACUACGAGUCCUGUCAGCGUUUUACCCACUGGCACAUCAAAUGGAGUGGGAGGAGCAGGACUAGGACCAGGACCAGCAGGGGUAUCUGGAGAAGAAGCACCAGCAACAGCAGCGGCAACAGCAGCAGCAACCCAAAAGACGACAGCAGCAAAUCGCGAUUAUGACGAUGAUGACGAGCACAACGACAAGGAUGAGAGUCACGACAACAAACCCAACGACUUGGCUGAAAGGGAACAGGACAGAGAGGGGGAUAAGGAGCAGGGUCGGGCUGGUGAGCUGGGGAUUUCGAGGCAGGAGAAGAAGGAUGCUGGUGGAAAGCCUGCGGCAAGUCAAAAGCGUGCAGCACAAACGACACAAUCGCGAAAUCCCAUCAGACGGGCGCACAGUGAACGGCAUUUGUCGACCGCGCCCCUGGCCGCCCACGGCCACGCCUCCUCCGCCUGCGCCGCUGGUAGAAACUGCCACUCCAUCCCGAUGACUCCGCCAGCUAGUGGGCCACAGAAUGUCAUUUUAAAUUUUAAGGACACAAUGGCGCUGCGCAUAAAAAGCAACCGCAGCGACUCGAGAGAUUUAUUUCAAAGGCGGCCCACGGAGCCACCGCCACCUCCGCCUCCCAAAGGAGCAGGCAAAGGAUUAGAGCCGCUGCCACAUGAAAUCAAUAAGUCGCCUCUAUCGCCCCAAAGGACGGUGGUGCGGGUAGCUCCGUUCAAGCCGCAGCAGCAGCAGGUGGGUGGUAGUGGUGAUGGCUUCACCCACGAGGUGCAUCGCCUCAAGAUCUCCCACAGCGAGGAGGAUGCGGAUUUGGGCGUGGAGCUCCGCCGCAGGCCCAAUCUAUUCCUUUCGUCACCCGGCGAAGAGGAUGCGGCUCCCAAGAAGACCUCCAUUCUGAUUAGCGGCGAUGAUUGCUACUCCACGAUGAACCUAAGUGCAAAUGCCGCACAGCCGCUGUACCAAUCCUCCGUGGUGGUGAAUAGCCACUCGGCCACGAGUGUUUGCAUAAGCGUUAGCAGUGCUGAGGAGCAGGAGCAGGAACUGAAUCAAUUGAACACGCUGCGCAGCCAGCAGAUGGGAAUGGGCAUAGCCAUUAUACCAAUUCGAGGAGCCAGCGAGGUGAACCUUCAGAGAUCGGUCUCCUGCAUCUCCUCCACUUCGAGUAGCUCCACCUCCAGCAGCAGCAGCUCCAGUGGCCGGGGAAGAACCCUUAUUCGCUUGGAUUACGAUAGGGAAAGGAAGGGAUCUGCCACCAGUAGUACUCCCAUCAACACGCCCCCUGUCAUAAGUUCCACACCAGCUACACCACCGCCCACGGACUUGCCAAUUGAAAACGCAAAUCCCCUGGUUCCCCACGAGACGGAGCUCUUGAAGAUUCUUCGCAAUCCCGUGGAGGCAGUGAAACUUAACCUGGUACCACAUGUGUGUGGCUUGCGAGCUCCUACUCGUGAAAGUGGGAAAUCCAAGAAAAUUCAGGAAGAGGAAGUGUCAGGGACACCCGUCAAGGAUCCCGGUUUCAUAGCCAAGCUCCUGCAGGAUCCGAUGCUGGGUCAGGUGGCGGAGGGACUGGAGACCGAGACUGUGGCGGAACUUAUUGAGAACUCACUGCAGAGACUACAGCAAGCCCGCAGGGGAAUCGACAUGAGCGGCACCAAAGACCAUGACGACAUGAAUCGCCUGAUCAGCGCCUCGCUACAGCGCAUCCGCCUGGAGAGACAGCCGGCGACACCUGGAAUUAGUGCAACCAAAGAGGAGGACCGCCUGUCCAAUCGGGGCAGCAUCAGUUCCGCCAACAGCUUUGCCUCUGCCCACAACUACGAGCUCUUCGAUUUCGAUGGCGGAGCUGGUGGCAAUGAGUCUGAUUGCUAUCAGAGCUGCUCCAGCGAACUGACUGCCUCGGGUAUCUUGGAGGAGGAUUCAGUAAGUCCUAUUAAAGAUCCUGAAACUGAACUGGAUGCAGCCACGCGUGCCAAGUUCUAUCAGCUCUUGGUGGAUGCAACUCUGGCGGAGAUCGAGCACUCAACGCACAUGGAUCAAACUUUGGGAACUGACAGUGAACAUCACUACGAGUCGAUUCGGCACAGUGGAGAUCCCAUUUACGAGGAAAUCCAUGAGGUUCCACCGCCCCUGCCACUAUCAGCUCCACCUCUCAAUGACGCAGAGCUGGAAAAGAAGGCUGCUCGAUCCAUUUUCGAGGGUGCCUCUAAGUACGAUAUCCUAUCUUAUUUGGUGGAUGCCAAGGAGCGGGGUUUGGCCCGGGAAGAAAGCUUUGAUUAUGGUAACAAUCCGAAGAUUAUAGAGGAAGAAGCUGCUGAUACCCUAAGUGACUUGGAUAAGCGGCAGGCGGAGGAGCGGGAGAGGGAUAGGGACAGUGGACAGAGCAGCAUGAGUUCCUUAUCGCCACCACCCCACAAUUUUAUAUGUGGUGGAGCAGGAAAGUCAUCUGGGAGCGAUGUAGAACGGCAGGACUCAGGAGUUGGCUCGGAAACAAGUAAGACAUCCCGCAGCAAGUACCAGGCCACUCCCACUGUACUCCACUUGUGCGAGGAUUGCGAUGGAGCCGUGGAAAUGCAGGUGGGCGAUAAUGGAAUCCUCUAUGCCCCACUGGUCUGCAGGAAGUGCGGCAAGAAGCGCGUGGAGCGCAAGGAGAUCAUUACGGAGAUCGUGGAGACGGAGGAAAAGUACGGCAGGGAUCUGCAGAUCAUACUGGAGGAGUUCUGCCACCCCAUGCUGGUGGCCGGCCUGCUCACCCAGGAGCAGCUCUCUGCGAUCUUCCUGAAUACGGAAGAUCUGCUCGAGAACAACCAGACGCUGGCCGAGCGCAUGCGCGACGCCCUGGACAUGUCCCUGGAGCAGGGCGACGACGACCUGCUGACGGUGAACAUAGGGCGCAUCUUUCUCGACUUCACCCAGAUGCUGCACGCCUUCGAGAGCUACUGCGUCCGCCAGGCGGGCGCUAGUCUGCUGCUGGCCAAUCUCGAGAAGGAGAAGGAGCUGCUGCGCAUCUUCCUCAAAGUCUCGCAGAUGGAGAACGCCGUGCUGCGGCGCAUGAAUCUCAACUCGUUUUUGAUGGUUCCCGUUCAGCGCGUUACGAAGUAUCCCCUUUUACUGGCCCGUCUUUACAAGGUCACACCCUCCCACCUCGAAGGUCGUGAACUGCUGAAGCAAGCCCAGGAGAAGAUCGAGCUGCAUCUAAACCAUAUCAACCAGGAGGCCAAGGAUGUGCCUACCAAGCUUUGGCGCCGCAUCAGCUCAUCCAGUCCGAACAGACGGGCAUCCUGCGAGAUCGACAUGAUCAACAUCAAGUUGCGCAAAAUGGCCAUCGAUGUUUUGGAGUGGAAUCACGACGAAGUGCGAUUCGCCAUGGAAGGGCGCCUCCUGUACACUCAGCCCACGGACAGCAAUUGGAAGAAGGCCCGCACCAUCAAGUUGACCCCGGUCAAUGCACUUUUGGUUACGAAUGGCAAGCCAAGUGCCAAUUACAGGGCAGAGAAGGCCAUGUCGGAAAAACUGAAUUUCCCGAAGCACACGGGCAUCCGCGAGGCCUCCUUGCUGCUGGUGAAGGAAAAAUGCGGACGGUACACGCUGAUCCGGGAGCCGCUCUAUCUGGACAGAUGUGUCGUGUGCAGCGAAGCGGAUUGGGAUGAUUAUUUCGAAGUGCAGGAAAUUUCAUCGAAGGACACAUUCAUAUUCAAAGCGGAGGACGGCGUAAGGACGAAACAGUGGUACACACAGCUGCAGUACCACGCCCAGGGCAUGGGGGCGUGGCGAAAGAGGCGUAACGCCCUGGCCAACAUCAUGAUCAACGGAAUGCUGGCGCGGAGCUAGCCCAAUCCCAAAAUUUCCAGCUUGAAGCAGCCAGCCGUCUAUCUGGCAAACGAUUAGAUGACAAAGGACAUAAAACUCAACAAUUGGUUAUGCAUUUAAUGUGUAUUUAUGCGCUAUUAACCAACGAGCAAUUUGGUUUCGUAAUUAUAAUUUAAGUGAUAUACAAUUGAAUCGAGCACGCAUAACGCUAGUUAGUGUUUACAUAAUACGUAUACCUAUAUCUAUUAUCUAUACCAAUACCACUACUUAUACUAUGCAUAACCAUACGUACACACGAAUACCCUGAACACAAUGCAAUAAAAUACCAUACACUAAUUAAAC